UUUGAAAGUCUUAAAAUGACUCAGUCGAUCGUGGUUCAAGUGGGACAAUGUGGAAACCAAAUUGGUUGCCGAUUCUGGGAUUUGGCUUUGAGAGAACAUGCCAGCACAAAUAAGAAUGGAUUAUUUGACGAAUCCCUUAACAGUUUCUUUCGUAAUGUUGAUACAAGAUACAAAAAUCCAGUUGAUAUUCCAUUGGGAAAUGCAAAGCAGAAGAUAAAAUCAUUAAAAGCAAGGGCAGUUGUUAUCGAUAUGGAGGAAGGUGUUGUGAAUGAGAUUCUCAAAGGUCCAUUACGUGAUGUAUUUGACUGUCAACAGUCAAUAACUGAUGUGUCUGGAUCAGGAAAUAACUGGGCUACAGGAUUUAUGAUGUACGGACAACAAUACAGAGAACAGAUCAGUGAAGUGAUCAGACAUGCAGCUGAACUCUGUGACUGCCUACAGUGUUUUUUCCUCAUCCAUUCCAUGGGUGGAGGUACUGGUUCAGGAUUGGGUACAUCAGUGUUAAACCUCCUCGCCGAUGAAUAUCCAGAUGUGUAUCGCUUCACUACAGCUGUGUUCCCAUCAGCUGAUGAUGAUGUUAUCACAUCACCAUAUAACAGCAUCCUUGCCAUGCAUCAGCUAACUGAGUUUGCAGACUGUGUUCUUCCAAUAGAAAACCAGGCUUUGGUGGACAUUUGCAAUAAAGUUACAAGUGCCCUUCCACCAUCCAAGACUGGUAAGAAGGUGUUCUCUUCAAGCAGCCAAUCACGUGUUAAAGCCAGCAGUGCUGUCACAUCAGGUGAAGGUGGUGUUGACCAAAGACCAGAGAAGCCAUUUGACAACAUGAACAACAUUGCUGCAAACCUUAUACUGAACAUGACAAGCUCUGCUAGAUUUGAAGGCUCCCUAAAUGUUGAUUUGAAUGAAAUCACCAUGAAUUUAGUGCCAUUUCCCAAGAUCCAUUACCUGGUCUCCAGCCAGACACCACUGUACAGCCUCACUGAUGUAAAUCUUCCACCUCGACGACUUGAUCAAAUGUUCACAGACGCUUUCUCAAAAGAUCACCAACUCAUCAAAGCUGAUCCUAAACACAGCUUGUACUUGGCAUGUGCUUUGAUGCUCAGAGGAAAUGUUGAAAUUUCUGAUAUUAGAAGGAACAUUGAAAGACUCAAACCUUCAUUAAAUUUUAUUCACUGGAAUCAGGAAGGAUGGAAGACUGGACUGUGCUCUGUUCCCCCUGUAGGUCAUCCAUACUCACUGUUAGCUCUGUCUAACAAUACAUGCAUCAGGCACACUUUUCAGGACCUCAAGGAUCGCUUCAUGAAGCUCUACAAACGUAAAGCUCACGUCCAUCAUUACACUCAUGUUGAUGGCAUGGAAGUGUCACAAUUUGAUACUAGUUUAGACUCACUCAACUCUCUGAUAAGUGAGUAUGAGACCCUUGAAGCACAGAUGGGAAGAGUUGUUGAUGAUAUCCAACGCUUAACUAUUGCCUGAAGGAGAGUUUGGUUGAAUUUUGAGAAGAUUCUUGGAGAAUUUCAUCCCAGAAGAUUGAUAUACUGGAAGGCAUUCCACCAAAAAUAACUGGUUUUUCUACAUUUGAAUUUCCAGUCUGUAGAUAGAGCAGUAAUGUUUGUAGUUCUUGGACAGGCAUUUGAGACACAUUUGAUACAGAUCUUAUUAGUGUUAGAAAUGGCAGAAUGUAUUACACUAAUGAGAAUUCUUGGUUUUAGUAGAUGCAAGGGAAUGGAAGAAGAGUAAAACUCUGAGAAAACACAACUGCACCAAAAAGCAACAAUAUCAGGGGCAAAUCUAUCAGAUUUUAAACAACCCAAGUCCAUUUUUUUUAAAUGAACAAAACAUUGAUAUCAAUACACAAACUCAGUAAUAAGACCACAAUUUGUUUCUGUUGUAUCUUUUUAUUUAAACGUAACUCUUGCUGCUGUGACAGUAUCUGCUCAGUCAAACAAUCCUGGAAGAGAAAGAAGAGCAGGUUAGUUCAUCUGAUACCAACAAAUUAGGAGGAAAACUUCAAAGGGGAAAAUUGCUCAUGUACCAACAUGAUACAGUAGUUUUUUCACCACAAAUUUAAAAAAAAUAAUAAAUUCUACACCACAAAGCUACUGUAUUAUCAAAUAUUUAGGUAUUUUACAACUAACUUCUUGAACUUUCAUUUUCAAUCAUUUUAAUUUUCCAUAAUUUUUCAUAAUUUUCCAUGAACGAAACAAAUUCCAUGACUGUCAGAGGCCUGAAAGAGGAUAUUAUUGAACUGCAGGACCCCUAUAGACCCUAUUACAUUCUUCUAACCAAUUAUAACCUGAUGUAAUAUUACCAGCAUUGAUUAGUUAUUCAAAAAAGGCUCCCUAAAUCUGAGAGUUUAAACUCACCAAAUCCCAUGUCAUCAUCUGAUUCCUCAGAUUCAUCUUUCUUCUCUUCCUUCUUUUCUUCUUCCUUAGCCUCAUCUCCACCACCAGCAGCAGGAGCACCACCACCUCCUGCAGCAGGGGCAGCAGCCCCUCCUGCACCAGGUGCACCAGCACUCUGGAUAAGGCUUUCUAGACUGUGU